UCCUUGACAACCAAAACAAAAUGGAGUACACCGGCAGCAGUUAUGAGGGUGACUUCCACAAUGGACGGAUGGAAGGGAAGGGGACCUACAACUUCCCGACCGGUACGCGGUACGACGGGGAGAUGAAGGACGGCACGUUCCACGGGAAGGGCACGCUGUUCUUCCCAAACGGCAGCAAGUACGAGGGCGAGUGGGAAAACGGCAUCGCUAACAAGGGCAAGUACACAUUUGCGGAUGGUCUGGAGUAUGAUGAUGAUGAGUGGUUAUACUGUGACGGGUACGACAGACGCUUCUACACAGAAAUCUGUAACGGACUCAAACCUGCAGGUCGUUCACAGUUAACCAACAGAGUACCCCCCAGGGAGAUCCCAGAAGGCUGCUAUGACUGUGGCGAUGGUUUCUACAACCCCAAGACCAGAGUAGUGGUGGAUUACAACCAUAAGUUCCUCAGAAAUGCAGAUGAUGAUGAACAUGACUGGAUUGUCAAGACGUGCAGAAAAGGUUGGGACGAGAUCGUCGGAUAUCAGCCCAAGAUGGAUGCAUAGGAUUUGAUAUAAUAAGGAUAAUAAAUUCAUGUAGGAGCUACCUACAUAUUUUAAUAUAUGUAUCAUGUACUGGUGUCCAAACUCGUGUAAAGAUCAGGGCUAGGUUAGAUCAGUAAAUGUCGAGCAAAAAUAUGUACUGAUUUUGUAACAUUACAGCGCUUGUAUAUACAUGUAUUGCUUCAUGUAAUUGUGUGGUAUGGUGUUGAAAUCCUGAAUAUAAAU